AAAAAUGAGAAUUGUUUUUAAAUUUGUUCCUUUUAUAUUUGCAUGGAAAUUAUCCCCAUCUUCAAAAAAAUGUUGCCCCUUCAAAUAGUUAGACUUAAAUAUAGGUACAGUAUUAAUUAACGAUGCCGGAAAAUAGCCUGUCUGGUAUAGUGGGCGUGGUAUAUAAAACCAAUCUUGCGUAUAUUUGUUAGCGUCAGAUACAGAGGUCGGUGCCCGUUACGCUUUGUUGCUCAGAUCAAAUUUCGCAGAAACACUGCGGCAUAACAGCGCUGUAUUAAUGUCUUCCGUGACGAUCUAUCUAGUCAUCGUGCUAUGUAGUUUUUCCUUAUUCGCCUCAACUGUUUACCUGAUUGAGUAUAUUGUCAAUAUAUAUGGCAAACAUUGUGGGGGUUUCACUCACCCUAUGUUGAUGAAUUUUAUUUUUGAGGUAUAAAUAGCCAGUUGGUUGGGAUAGCAUUAAAGCUUAAAUAUACAAAAUUAAAUUUAACCAAGUGCCAAGUAUUUUAAUAUGGAUAAUCGAAAAGAAUUGAGACAGCGCAGCAAAACAUCAAAGAAAGAUACUCCACACAAACGGACAGGCGAUGAAAACGCAUUGCAAGGCUCAACUUCAAGGAACACCAUUACCUUCGUGGUGAAGGUGGUGAUAGCUGCUCUAAGUGCAUAUCUGUGCUGCGCGUAUUUCACAUCCCCGACUUCUUCCGUCGUCGUCAAUGACAUGCAUAAUAUUGGGCAAUUGAAAUGGGCAAAUAUGAUAAACAACGAUCUUCAGAGUGGGGAAAAGCUGUUUACCGAGUUAAUUGGGCCAGAAUCUAUUGCAGUUGAUAAAGUUGGUAACUGGUACGCUGGCCUCGAAGAUGGUCGAAUCAUGAAAAUCUCAAAUUCUGGCAAGGUACUUACCGAAUUGACCAAAUCAUUCGACUUUGCGAAAGGAAGUAAGCGUGUGGAUAAACGUAUUAUGGGUUUAAGAUUGUUUAAUUCGAAACUCUUUUUCGCGGAUGCAUACCAAGGUAUUUUUGUUAUCGAUAUACUCACAAAAGAAUGGAAGAAAAUUGUAGGAUUCGGUGAUGUCAACCCCAACCUGAUGUUUGCUAAUGAUUUGACAAUAACUGCAGAUGGGUCAACGAUAUAUUUCACCGAUACUAGUGAGAAAUGGGAUUACAAAGGGGCUGCGUAUAGCAUAAUAGAAGUAGAAUGCAGUGGACGAUUGUUCAAAGUAGAUCUAACCACUAAAAGUGUCGAUCUUCUCCGUGAGCGUUUGUGCUUUGCAAAUGGAAUUGAAUUGGAUUUGACAGAAUCGAAGUUGCUGUUGUCAGAAAAUAGUCGACGCCGUAUUCUUGUAUUUGAUAUAAAAUCAGGCGAAAUCUUGAAACAGAUUCUGCUUCCUGGUGGGCCAGAUAACAUCAGAAGAAGCAGAGAUGGAGGAUUUUGGGCACCGAUUCCAGUUUUACCCGACCCGAGUUUCGAUAUCGCCUUACCAUUUCCAGUUAUCCGUGACACUUUAACCGGUGCUAUUAGCUUAGAAACUCUAUUUAAACUUCUUAAAAUGAAUAAAGGCGUUGUGGUGAAAAUUUCGUCAACGUUCGAGCCUGAAGCCAUACACUAUGAUCUCGACGGGAAAGUUUGUCAAGCCAUCAGCCACGUGUGUGAACUCGAUACUGGAGAACUUCUACUGGGAACCGUCACCUCCCGCGGAAUCGUUAGGCUGAAGUUAUAGUGUAUUUUUUCUACGGAAACUGUUUUUUCUUCAAAUAUAAGACUUCCCCCUAAUGUGCCUUCCUAAUUUGAAACAUUAGAGCAAUCAAACACAUGGACUGGGUUUUUGAUGAUGGUGUUUUGCGGGUUAACUUGGUGGAUCCACUAACAGCCCCCAAAUCAGUUAUUGAGUUGGCAAACUGCAAGUGUAAAAAAAUAAGUGUCAAAAGAAUUUAUGCAUGUGUGACAAAAACAAUCUAA